ACUUUAAAAGUAUGCCGAAUUGGCUAGUACCAGUUCUUGUUUGCAAUGUGACCAUGGAUGUACAGACAACUAUCACUGGAUUACUUCGAAACUGAAGAAAACUUAAAUAUGUGGUAAUUCUCAGGCAAGAUCUGUUGUUAUACGGAGCGUCUUUUUUUCAGUGAAUUCUAAGCAGAUUUACGGACGUUUGUAUGCGACGGAAGUCGAAGAUGAAGAUAUCCUCGGUAAGUUCCCACCAACUGCGCUGAGUCUGACCAGAGAGGAUGGCUGCGUCCAUGUGGAGGAUGAAUGGGCUCUGGAGAAGGAUGGCUGGACUUCUGGUGCUCUGCGCUCUGUUGCUCAGCAAUGAGGUGAUGUGUCAGGAUGAUGCAACAGUAGAUCCCACAGAUCCACCUGCUGCAGCCACCAGUGCAGUGACGGACGCUGCAGCUCCAGGUGCCAUAGCUUCAGAUACUACAGCUCCAGAUGCCAUAGCUCCAUCUACUACAGCUCCAGCUCUACAUGCUACAGAUUCUCCCACUGUUGGAGGAUCUGCUAAUUCCGCUGCCUCUGUAGAUGAUCGAAUCCAAGCAACCGUUGUAAACAUUGUACUCGGCAACUUACCGUCUAUUGCUGUCGUCACGGAAGGCCCCCGCACUGUAGUGCCUGAAGUGAUGUGUGUUGGAAAAGAGGACGUUCUAGAAAGUAAUGCUGUCAAGGUUGAGUUGGCAACAGAUGAUUGUGAAGCAUCUAAACGCAUUUUAACGGAGAACCCUGCAGGCUGGUGCGCCGGGGAAAAGUGUACUCUAAAAAUCUUUCAAGAAAGCAACACUAUGCUUGUGACCAGUGAUGAUGCUCCGUUGGCGUCUUUGGCUAGAACACUCGAGAGUGACAAUUUGAAAGGCAAGCUGGGUGUGACAAAUACUGAGACCCCAUCAUCAUCAGGCUCCUCUGUCUUUGUGGGAAUCCUGGUUACUGGUCUGCUUGCCGCCCUCGCAAUCGUUGUAGGUUACCUCAAAUGCCCACGCAGGUCCGACACCAAGGGAGUGAGGCUGGCGGAGGAGGCCUAUCCAGCAGAUCAGGAAAACCAGGGGAACACUCUUGUAUCUGUGGCCCCCCUCAACCCCCCUCUGGAAACUCCGGAGAAACCCAGUGUAAACGGAGAGUCCCCAGAGGAAGCCAAGACCCAGCCUCCUCCUCCCACCAACGGCCACUCCACCACCAAGACAGCCGACACCGAGCUGUAAAAUAGUCCACACAUAAUUGCAGCCCAGGAACUACCCCCACAAACAAACACACACACACACACACAGGCCUAUGCAAACUCCCCUUCUGCAUCCACUCCUGCCUCCUAACCACAGAGAGUCCACAGCAAAGUGGACAUCAGGGACUAGAACUAUUUCCUACAUCAACGCUCCUCUUGUUAUAGUCCCCUUGCCUCCUUCUCUUUGGCUAUGUGCCGCAAUAAACAUCAGGAAAACUAGUCUGACGAUGAUGGCGCUGAUGUUGGUGAUGACAAAGGCUCGGUCCCUGAGUUGUUGACGGCAGUCAGGCUGGAGACAAGAGACAGGAGAUGGGCAGCUCUGGGUGGGAAGAGAGUGCAUUUUAGCAUUAAUCACCAACUGGUUCUUAUGAUGACUGCAGCCUCUGGAUUCACAGCCAUAUGUUGUCAACACACAGCAAGGGUCUCUGCAUGUCAUCAGGUUCAAAGCUCCAAGCAACCCGCCACUAGUAAAUCCAGCAUAAGCACAUCAAUGAAAUUGUUCUUUAGUUUAUUGUAAAGCCAUGACAGACAGAGAGGAAAUAAAUCACUCUGCCUUUUAAAUCUGUAUACAAACUCAGAGAGAAAAUCCAUUGGGCUCUCAUCUUGUUCGUGUUAUUGAGUUAUUGAUCAGCGUGUGAAUGUGCGUGCUGCUUUCAAAUCCUGCGUGUGUGUGUGUGUCUGUUAGCAUAUACUUGCAUCUGUACUGUGUAAUCGGCUGUAGGUAUAUCCAUACAUGCCUCUAAGCUUCCUUUGCUUACUGUAUGUAUGUAUGUUGAUAACAAGUGGUUGAUUUUGAUCAAGUAUGUGAGUGAAUGAGCAGUCCGAAUGUGCAUGUGACAUUAGCCAGUGUACAAUUUUGUAAAAUGAGUUGGUCCACCGAGAUUCCCCAUGGUGAGACAAAGUACUAAAGUUUUUUUAUCACACCAUUUUCUAGAAAUGGGGUUGGCGCAAGGAAUUCUCCAAGCUAUCACUGCAAACUGUACUGAAAUCAAUCCCAAAGCCAACAGGCCUCUUUACAGUGGAUUUAUAGUCACUGCUGAAAAUCAUCCAACCAACCAACAGAGGCCUCGGCGCCGAGCCUUGUACUGUCAACUGUUACUUUAUCAGUGUUACUCUCUUUUUAAUAUCCUGUGUAUGCUAUUUUUUCUAUCCGUAUUCUAUUGUGCAGUGUGUAUAGUAUGAUGACUUACUUUGUCUUGUUUUUAUUUUGUGUACCAACACCUUUUUAUGUGCCAAAGAAUUUAAUUUCAUAUCUUAUGGUUUAAUAAAAUAUGUACUUCUGUGGCACCCCAAAUCUGUGAUUUUUUUUUUUUUUUUUUUUUUUUUUUUUUUUACUGACAUACCUGAGAUCGAAUACAAAAGGAAACUGCAAUAUCCCGUAGUCAACCUGGCACAAAGCAAAAAUAUUCUGCUAUAUUUCGCAUUGAUUUCUCCUUUUCGAUCCAUUUUGUAUCUUUUCAUUGCUAACAUUCCAAUGUGAUGUUUCAUUCUACUAGCACCCUGUAGUUAAUAAUUGGAUUAAAUAUCAAAAAAUAAAAAGCGAAGGAUGAAUA